AUGACCCCAUACCUUACAUACAUCCGCGUCCUCCGCAACCACACCGGCUGGAAACUGCUCGCCGGCCUCAACACGCUCCAUCACACCUUCAUGUACGCAUAUUUCGGCGGAGUUGCCAGUUUCAGACCGAUUCUACCUUUCACGGGUUUGCUGCAGCUCAUGGUCGGUUUAGUGGGCGAAGCAGUGAUCGUGCAUACUAAAAAUAACAGUAGGUUAGUGGAAGAGGCGGUGGUCCUGUGGCCGCAUAUUGUUUCGGCGGCUCUGCUGGGAAUGUACUUUGUGCUUUUUGCUUUUGAGCUUAUGGCGUUGGCGCGGAAGCAGAAGAAUGGGCGUGGAAAAGUUACAGUUGGGGUAACUAAUGAUCUAGAUGAGAAUCAGGGUGGCAUAUUUGUGUCGAGGUCGGAAUUGAAGACUUAA